AUGUUCUCAGGUCGUUCAGGCGGAGUGGGUUCACAGAUCCCUUUGGGCGCGGGGAUCGUCUUGGCCUGCAAAUAUCGGAGCAAUAAUCAGAUUAGUUUUGCAGUGUACGGAGACGGAGCAGCCAAUCAGGGUCAGCUGUUUGAGGCCUUCAACAUGGCCGCCCUGUGGAAGCUGCCCUGUAUAUUUGUGUGUGAGAACAACAGGUACGGCAAAAGGACUGCUAUGGAGCGAGUGUCAGCCAAUACUGACGUCUACACGAGAGGAGACGUCGUUCCCGGGUUCAGGAAAAUCAACCAUGAGAUCAAUGCAGAGGUGGAAGAAGCUGCUCAGUUUGCAACAUCAGACCCGGAGCCCCCGCUGGAUCCCCUGUGUAACUACAUCUACCACAACAGCCCGUCCAUGAAGGUCCGAGGAGUCCAGCCCUGGGCAAAACUGGUCUCUGAAGGCAACAUCUGA